UCUGUAUCUCUUUUCUGGUUUACAGUGAACUUUACAGAAACAUUUUUUUUAUCUGAUUAAUGGGUUUUUUUUUAUUUUUUUAAUCAGAUUUAAUCACUCGAGUUGUGACUUAAUUCUCUCUCGGAUUCGAUUCUUUUUCAUUGUGUUGCUUUUUCAAGAUGGGAGAUUUGGCUAAGGACUUGACGUCUGGAACUGUUGGAGGAGCAGCACAGUUGGUAGUUGGCCACCCUUUUGAUACCAUCAAGGUUAAGCUUCAAAGCCAGCCAGCUCCACUCCCUGGGCAACCACCCAAGUAUGCUGGUGCUAUGGAUGCAGUCAAGCAAACUAUAGCUGCUGAAGGCCCAAGGGGUUUGUUUAAGGGUAUGGGGGCGCCGCUGGCCACUGUGGCAGCCUUUAAUGCUGUCCUCUUUUCAGUGAGAGGGCAAAUGGAGGCAUUGUUGAGAUCAGAGCCUGGUGCCCCCCUCACAGUUAGCCAGCAGGUCGUUUGUGGGGCUGGGGCUGGAGUUGCUGUUUCAUUCUUAGCUUGCCCCACUGAAUUGAUCAAAUGCAGAUUGCAAGCCCAGAGUGCAUUGGCAGAUUCUGGCUCAGUUGGUGUAGCGAUGAAGCAUGGAGGGCCGAUGGAUGUAGCCUGGCAUGUUCUCCGGUCAGAAGGUGGCGUAAGGGGUCUCUUCAAGGGAAUGGUUCCCACCUUGGCACGUGAGGUUCCUGGAAAUGCUGUUCUGUUUGGUGUGUAUGAAGCACUGAAGCAGUACAUGGCAGGAGGGUCGGACACUUCUAAGCUAGGAAGAGGCUCUUUGAUGGUUGCUGGAGGCUUGGGUGGAGCUGCAUUCUGGUUGUUUGUCUACCCAACAGAUGUUGUCAAGAGUGUGAUCCAAGUAGAUGAUUACAAAUAUCCCAAAUACAAGGGCUCCAUAAAUGCCUUUAGGAGGAUAUUAGCUUCAGAGGGGGUGAAAGGACUUUACAGAGGCUUCGGCCCUGCAAUGGUACGUAGUGUCCCUGCAAAUGCAGCAUGCUUCUUGGCAUACGAAGUGACAAGGUCUAGUUUGGGCUAAUCAAUUGAUGUUGCACUCUGAUUCCUUACCAAGUAUGGUUAAAAGUUUCCCAUUGUUAUCAUAUUUUGCUUUAAGCAAAAGCCAUUUUCUGUGUCAAUAAAUUAUGCCUUUGGAACGAAGUAUUGGCAAUAUAGUGGCAAUAAAUUACCCAUUUUUUUUCUUUUA